AUGGGAUCUGAUAAUGGCUCAAACAGUGGCCUAGAGCGUCAAGGGUCGUUUUUGGGAAGACUCAGAUCUUACGAAGGAAUACAAGUCUGCGCAAUCGUGGCUUCUGUUGUGCUGGGGCUGAAUCUCAUCUUGGCGGUAGUUGCAUUUAGUAUUGGCUAUUCGACGUCGAGUGAGAGUGGGUUUUUGACUGUGCCGCUCUAUGAGGGUAGUUGUUCGACGACAAGGAAGUGGUCAAUUGGACUGCACUUGGUGAUCAACGGACUGGGUACACUUAUCCUGUCUACGAGCAACUAUUGUGCACAGUAUCUAGCUGCACCCACGAGAAAUGAUAUUGACAAAGCUCAUGCGCGUGGAUCCUGGCUCGAUAUUGGAGUACCCAGUCUCCGAAAUAUAUUCACCUUAGAAACAAAAAAACGAACCCUAUGGGCUCUCUUAAUGGUUUCUACACUUCCCAUUCAUGCAUUCUAUAACUCCGUACUUCUCAGUUCUCAGAGCUCGAAUGAAUACAGUGUCCUUGUCGUGCCAUCAGAUUACACUGGUAGUCGGCCCCUGAGUCUUCCUAAUUCCUCCGAAUGCUUCCAAUCCCGUAUGCAUCAAUCGCUAGCCGACUUCAACCUGGAUAUUGCAGAUGGCAAAUUCGAUAUUCUGUCAAAAGAGCAGUGUUUGAACACAUUUGCCGUGAACUACCUCCACGGCCACCGGUCCUUGGCUGUCUUGUCAAAAAAUCUGACCUGGGACCUGCCAGAGCCCGUCAAAUUUGCGGCGAAUGCGAACACCCCGUCAGACUAUGAAUCGAUCGAUGCACGGAGCCCAUUUUCUUGGAUGUGUGCUUCACGCGACAACUCUGUGUGCACCAAAUCAACAAUCCGGAAGCAAAUGCCUGAUUGGAAGAUCCUGGCAUCCGUUUUAGAGGAACCAACAUGGACCGUGACUGCACCUUGGGACAAUGGCUCUAUGACAUAUACUCAAGACAACUACACAAAGUGCAGCAACGAGACCUCAUCUUGCUUGGAAAUGUACUAUUUGGCCCAGUUCCUUUGGGGAACCACGGUCACCCCGCCGGGUGGAAUCUUACCUGUCACAAUGCCAGAUCUUCAACAAUACCUUGGAUCAACUUCUGUGUGGGGAGACAGGAUUACUUGGGCGAAAGAAGUAACCUAUCAGCAAUCUGGCUCGCAGUGCUCCAGAUACCAAAUUUUGAACACGCCUAAUACCAUUGGUUACUUUGAUUAUCCAUCAAUUGGACUUUACACCGUUGAUGGGUGUAUAAGUAUCAAAAGCGAGGAAAAAUGUCGGCUCCUUUUCAGCCCGACAUUUUCGAUUGUGGUACUUGUGUGUACGGCAGUCAAAGUUGCUUGUAUUUUGUUUGUCUCCCGUCGAGAACGAACUCCCCGGCUUUUGACCGUUGGUGAUGCCAUUUCGUCUUUCCUCUCAAACCCGGACCCAUUUACCACUGGAUGCUGCACAUCCUCAAAAUCCGAUUGGAUUAGGCGCUCCAGACUGGAUACGGCGGCUGGACAUAGAUAUGAGGGGGUUGGCCAGAGGUUAAACACUCGUACAAGGCGAUGGUGGCAAGCUGCUGCUAUUAGACAAUGGGCUUUUACGCUUGGUCUAUCUUUACCAUGCCUUGGCGUGGCAGGAUUUUUACUUCAUCGUGGUUUGCAAGAUGACAGGCUAGAUUCGGUCGGUGGGACAGACUGGUCUACUCUUUGGAGUCUUGGAUUGGGUUCUGCUAGCCCUUACACUUUGAUAUAUCGCGUGCGCUCUACAUUGCUUGGCAAUGUUCUUCUGGCCAAUACCCCUCAGCUUCUUCUUUCCGUCUCAUACUACUUAUACAAUUCUACCUUGACUGCAAUGCUCAUGGCAAACGAAUAUGAGAAUUAUGCGAUUAAGGGGAUGCGCCACAAUUCCACAGUUGAGACACAGAUGUUACCAGCAAAAGGACUUCGUGUAUCGAGUAAUCGGAAAGGUGCUCAGCGGUCAUUCUAUUUCCUCAGUCUCCCAUUCCGUUACAGUGUCCCGCUCAUGUUAAUCUACACUGUGGUACACUGGCUUCUGUCUCAGAGCAUCUUCUAUAUCCAGAUUUAUCUUUAUGAUGCAGACAUGCAACAUGAUCCAGACUUUGACGUUGAUGCGUGCGCGUGGUCACCAACUGCUCUCAUAUUCACCAUCAUCGUUGGGUCUUUGAUGGUCAUGGCGCUUUUGGGUCUAGCGAUGAGACCUUUUCGUUCCGUUAUACCACUUGCUGGGAGUUGUAGUGCUGCGAUCAGCGCUGCUUGCCACCCACCGGAAGAUGAUGUGGAUGCAGCACUGCGGCCUGUCAUGUGGGGUGAGAUUCAUUCACCGAGUAAGCAGUCCUCCACGGAUUCUUUGGUGCCGUUUGCGGUGGCCGGAGAAGUUCACGAAGGGAUGAAUUUGCUCGAGAUGCAAUGUGGAGCGAAAGGUACGCAGGGCCUUCCACGCUGCACUUUUACAUCUAUGCGUGUGGAGCGGCCGACAUUACUCCAGACAUACGAAUAG